CAUAUAUUAUAACCAUUUCCAUAAUCACAAGAUCAAAUCAACCAAACAUAAAGAUGUCAAACCCUUCACCGGAAACUAAUAACGCCAUCGAGAUAACCAUCCCCACAACCCACACCCACACCCACACCCGCACCCGCACCCGCACCCGUCGUCACUCCAUUAGACUCCCGGGUGUAAUUAGAUCAUUCCCGGGUGCGAAACCAAUCCCACUAGCAAUCUCGGUCACCAUCGGACUCAUCGUAUGUUUCGCCAUCCCUAGACCGAGAGAGGUCUCAAAGCAAGCUUGGCAUUUGUUUGCGAUAUUCCUCACCACUAUCACUGGGCUCAUAUCGGGUCCUUUACCUGUUGGCGCAUGGGUCUUCGUGUGUUUAACGGUCUGUGUUGUAACUAAAACAGUGACGUUCAACAACGCGUUUGCGGCUUUUACCAAUGAAGUGAUAUGGUUGAUAGUGGUGUCGUUUUUCUUCAGUAGAGGGUUUGUGAAGACGGGUCUUGGUGAUCGUUUGGCAAUGUACUUUGUUAGAUGGUUUGGCAAGAGUACUUUGGGGUUAGCGUAUGGAUUGGCGAUUUCUGAAGCAAUAAUAUCGCCAGCGAUGCCAAGUGCUACCGCUAGAGCGGGUGGGAUAUUCUUGCCGAUUAUUCAUUCAUUGGCGGCUGCCGGUGGGAGUAGUCCUAAAGAUGGGUCUGCUCGCAAACUUGGUGCAUUCCUUAUUCAGUCUCAGUUACAGUCGUCUGGUAGCUCGACUGCUCUUUUCUUGACGGGUGACGCACAAAACAUGUUGUGUAUGAAACUAGCUGAAAGUUUAGGGGUGAAAAUCAAAAGUCCAUGGGUUGUAUGGUUUAAAGCUUCAUGUUUCCCAGCGCUGGCUUCUCUGAUGCUAACUCCAUUCAUCAUAUACAAGAUAUGUCCGCCUGAAACAAAGCACACAAUAGAUGCUCCUAUCUUGGCUAAAAACAAAUUGGAGCAAAUGGGUCCUGUCAAACAGAAUGAGUGGAUCAUGAUGGGAACCAUGCUUGUCACUGUGACAUUAUGGAUCUCCGGAGGAAGUCUGAGCAUUUCAACUGUGGCUGUAGCGAUGAUGGGUUUAUCAAUCCUACUGAUACUUGGAGUGCUGAGUUGGGAUGACUGCUUAAGUGAAAAAACAGCAUGGGAUAUAUUAGCUUGGUUUGCAUUGCUCCUAGGCAUGGCAACUCAACUAACUGUCCUAGGCGUCGUACCAUUGUUGUCUAAAUCUGUAGCUAGUUUUCUCAAAUCUUUAUCAGUUGGAUGGCAUGUGCAACUUCUCAUUCUCCAGUCUAUUUAUUUCUUCAUUCACUAUUUUUUCGCGGGUCAGGCGACUCAUAUUGGUGCUUUAUACCCCGCCUUCUUGUCAAUGCACCUAACUGCUAAGGUCCCUGGAACUCUUUCUGCCUUACUUUUGGCAUUCAAUACGGAUCUUUUUGGUGCACUUACACAUUACAGUAGUGGUCAAGCUGCAAUAUAUUAUGGAGCUGGUUAUAUAAAACUCCAGGAUGUAUUUAAGUUUGGGGUCUUGAUGGCUGUUAUCAACUUGACAGUAUGGGGACUAAUAGGAGCUCUAUGGUGGAAGAUUUUGGGACUCUACUGAUAUUUAUAUGCAUUUGUUUAAUUGUUUAAUUAGAAUAUCAGAUGAUUAAAUGCUUAUUUCUUCAGUUUUACAAUUAUCUAUAUC